AUGGGUCUCUUUGGUUCUGUGUACAAAGCAUUUUCACGAAAAGAUGAUGACAUAGCAAAACUAAAAUCUGGAAAUACCGAGUUUGGACGUCAUCUUCACAAACCUAUUCCCCAAAAAGAGUUGGAGAGUGUAACUUUUGAUGGUCCUAAAUCCCCAGCUAUGAAAUUUAGGCGCUUACGUGGGAAAAUUUCACCAAGAGUCCACAAGACUCCCACCACAAUUGAUCUCUUGAAGAAACGACAGCCAGCAACAUCUCCAAGGAAUGUUGCCAUGCCAGAGCCAACCAAAAACACGGGGAGAACUUUAUCAAUCAAGGAAAGUAUGGUGGAAUCUCAGGAUUCUUCAGCUACAGGCUUGUCUGGAUUUUCAGAUAGUGCACUCAAUACAUUGACAAUAUCGUCAGAUGAUGCACGCAACCAUCAACCAAACCUGUCUCCAACUUAUUCGUUAGCCAGUACUCUCAGUUUAUUCAAUAAGGGAGAUCUACUGCACCAUAAAACUGUUUCCAAGAAGCUACAGGAUGCUUUUACUGACUCAAAUGACCAUAACACGCAAGAGAAGGGACAAAUGCAACCACAAGAGGAAGAAGCAGAAAAGACAUUUGACAACACAGAAGAAAGUUUCCAACAGCGAGGAAUAAUAGGGGAAACUUUACAAUUUGCCCUGAAAAUGGAAGAACAGCUACACCACCUAUUAUCCGUGAGAGAAAAGCCACCAAAUGUGAUCAUACGGAGAAUCAACGAAGAAGGAAACAGCGAAUCAAAAACCACUGUCAAUUUAUCUCCCAAGCUGUCCAAACGGCGCCAAGAAGAAUUGCUUGGACUGAGUAAAAGAUAUAAGCCAACAGGGACACAAUCCAUGACAAACCACCAGCAUCAAAGUCUGACUGGUCAGUUUGACAAUGAAGUGGAAUCGGGCUACUUAUCGAAUAAAAGACUAGCGGAUGAGAAAGAACCCACUGUCAAAAUGGAAGCUCACUCCCCCACAGCAGUGGAAAUGCUCCAACCCCCAAAACACCAAGAAAACAGACAAAGUGAAACAAACGAUCAAAACAACACAUGUAAUCUCCUGGAGCUGCAGAAAAAAUCAAAUAAUACACCUGAAUUCAUAGACUUGUCAAUAUUUGAUCUGGAUGAAGAUAAUGAUCCAAAUACCGCUAAAGAUGUUGAACAGCAAGCAAAAUCAAAAUCAAAACGAAAAUUAACGAUGGCGCAAAAAAUCAAAAGAUUAAAUAAGGCUCGUAGGGCAGCUAAAGAUGCUUCUGCAUUGCAAGAUGCAAAGGAAAAGAAUUUGAAGACAAAUGGAGUCAAGCGUAAACCAGGUUCUAAAGGCAUUGGAUCUGCUACUUCACAAACUUCCAAUGAAGCACUGCAAGCUAAAACUUCCAAUGAUGUACUGAUUUCUAACAACUCAAAUGGCUUACAGAAAGCCCGAACACCAAAGGAUCCGAUUAAUCAACCUAUCACAAACUCUGUUUGUGAAAAAGAUAGAACCGAAGAAGGUUUGUUAGCUUCAAGCGAAAACCUUGAUCAACUUUCUGGGAGUAUCGAUAGGCAAAAUGACAACCUUCUGCAAGAUCUCUUACUCAUUACUGAUCAAAAGAAACAGAUACCAGCUCAUUUAUCAACUCAGCCACCUGAGAAUAGUGCUGAUGCUUCGAGAUUCAAUGUAGCAGAACAGAAAGAACAAGGCUUGGAGAAUGGGAGAUCCGCAAUUGAGCGGGGCCAAGGGCUUACUUCAUCUGCACGUUUGGGCCUCUUUUUAGGUAUGCCGGAAAACGCUCAUAAUUCGGAGAUAAACAAGCAAUUUAAAGGUCAUGUGUCCUCAGAUAUAGGUUCUGAUGAGCCCGACCAAUCUGCACUGCUGAAGAUAAGGCAACAACAAAUUCUAGAAGCGCACGAUACAGCUGCAGACAAAACCAAAUGCACGUCUCAAGGAAGCAAAGAAAGGACGAAGGUGCUGCCAGAAACUAACAAUGUGAGUGUCACGGAACACCCGAUUGAUAAUCAUAGCUUGAGUGAUAAAGAACAAGAUAGAUUAAGCCACAAAGAGGAAGAUGAGAUGCUUGAAGACUAUGAUCUUGACAAAAUUAACGACAUGUCUCGAAAAUUUCACCGGGAUAAUCCAACUAGCCAAAAAAGAACCGAUGAAGAUAUAAUUGAACCUAUCUCAACAAACCCUGCCAGUGCCGAGGCUGAUAUAAAUUCUUUCAAGAGUUUUUUUGUUCUUGAAUCACCACGAAAAGCACUCCGUCGUACAGCAGAUUCUGACGAUAUUGAAACUUCAACACAGGGUGUAGCAUUGGGUAGAAACAUUGUAACUGGUACACACAGUACACACAACUAUGGCCUUCAGUUUGACGAGAGAUUAUUUCGAGAACACCUUGAUGAAAUACAGAAACAAGCAUCGAGAUUGGACGAUAUGGUUAGAGAAAAUCCAACCAAUGAUCAACAGGACUUGCAGGAAAAACCCGAGGCAAGUACAUCGACCCAAGUCGAACACUUCAAUAAGGAAGGUGGUUCAAUUCUGCCACCUUCAAAUGAAACACCAGCAUCUUUAACGCAUCGCAUUGUUGAAAACUCACGUCCCAAUGAAGUUAACAGCAAAGUUUACAAAGGAAAUGGCGUGCGUAAGAGGGGAGACCUUGAAUCAAGAAGACGCAAACGAGUAUCUAGAGUACGAAAUAUGUUUCGCUUGACAAAUUCCUCAUCAGAAGAAGAUUUUAGUCCUGAUGAGGAUGCGACGGUGUUGAAAAGGGUUUAUACGCAUCAUAAGUCAAGGAAUGUGGCGGUAAGAAGAUUUAAAAAUGCACCUUCAAAAGCCAGCCAUGAGGAUCAUAGUCAAGUUGAAGAAUUCAACGCAGGCGACACCCGUGAAGAUCAUAGCCAAAUCAAAGAACGCAAUUCUUGUGGCACUAAUAAAGAUCAUGGACAAAUCGAGGGACGUAACACUACAGACACUCAUGCUUCACUAGUAGUCUCAAAAGAUAUACACCAACUGGCUCCGAGUCAAGGGAUAUUUGCAACUUCACCAAAUUUUACCAAAGCAAGUCGGCAGAAGGUGGUAUCCGGUACUGAUGCUGUUGAUAAACUGGAGGCGGAGCUGAUUCUGGAGGCAAGUGGAAGUAGCAACGAGAGAAGGUUGCUGGAAUCAACUGCUACUGUUGUCGACAAGGUAGCUAAACGGACGACUAUAGCUGAACUUCUCAAUGCUGAAGACGAGCCUCCGUUUUCAAAGAAGUCCGACUUGGAUUAUGUAGACAACAUAGGUGACGCAAAUGUGGCCGAAGUUAAAAGAACAGUGUCACAAGUGUAUUUUUCCAAUGUCUCGGCAGAGCAUAACAACAACCAACCCCAGCAGCAAAGCUCUAUCCAGCUGAUUCGUUCACCAACAGAGAAAUCGAGUGGUGUAUUUGGAUCCUUCGUUAAGCCAUUAUCGAAGGGCAAUGCAUCAAGCGUUGAAGCAGGGGAUGGUAAUAAGGCCGAUGAUAGUUUUGAUAUGUCUACUAUUGCCAGCUCGAUAGAAGACGUAGCUGGAAAACGUCAGAAGAGUAGCAGGAAGAAAAAACGGCUAAAGGCAAAUGAGGGAAGGACAAGUAUUGUUGACAAGAGAACACCAGACCCUACAAGUGAGAAAAUAUUGAGCGACACCAACAAACAGGAUACAACCAUUGAAGUUUAUUCUCAAGCAAGAGAAGGACUAGAUGCUAUCACAAAGGUGGAGUCAGAUAUUGCCAAAGAAAUGCUAAAUGAUCUCAGCAAGAAAAAGGUGGAUAAUACCACAAACGUGCAGCCAUUGCAAUCAGCGGAUGUACCAAAGAAGAAAAAGAACAAGAACAAGGCCAAUGAGAGUAGGAAAAGGAAAAACCGAAGAAAGAAGAUGCAAGUUAAUGGUGUAUGA